UAUGUGCAUGUCGAGCUAACAGAGAGGCUUGUCUUUGCAAUGCCAUGUUUGUGUAUGUGUACCAUCUACCGGACAGGAUUCCGUCAGCCUGCUCGCCCCUCUCUGUAAUCUGAUGUUUUCUUGUUUCUGUUUUAGUCUUCAGGAUAAUUCCUUCGGCAGCGCAGCUGUAACAGAGAACGAAUGUGAAUCACCCUCCUUACAUGAGGACCAAACUGUCUGUUCCAAGCUCAGCAGAGAUGACAAUAAUAAAGAAAACUACCCUCGCAGAGCCACAGAACUGGAGGAAAAUGCUGCCCCUUCCCGAGAUCUCCAGCAUCACAUGGACAAGAAGAUGUUUGAUGUCUCAUCCAGACAUGGAAUUGGUAUCUUGCAAUCAAAGCAACCCAAAUCAAGUGUCCGAACAGAUAUUGGGAAGAUCCAUGAAGGAAGUCAGGAAAUUGAGACUAUAAGUCAAUGCCUUCCUGAAAUCUGGACUACAAAAGGAAUGAUGUCUCAUGAGCACAGUCCUCAUGUAUCUAUGAGAGCAGCCACUGAUUUCCAGACAAGAAACAGUCCUAUUAUGAGGAUCCAGACAAAAGAAAUUGCUGAGCAGUUGCAGCAUGUGGGUGAGAAUUCCUUCUUGAAGCUGCAGGCCCUGGAAACUGAUCUGUGUUCUGCUUUCUUGCCAACCCAGGAGGAGGUGGUGCAGUCUCAUGGCUGCAAGGAGGCAAGCAGCUCAUUAAUCCAAACUGUGCCAAGCGAAGGGCUCAGCCAUGCAGAACCAGCGAUGGUGCAUCGAGAGUCUCAGAACGACUCGGAUCACAGUGCCGAGGACACACGCAGCUGUGGGACCAGCCGGCUGUUGUUCCACAUUACAGAUGGAGAUAAUCCUCUACUCUCUCCUCGGUGUUCCAUCUUUAGUCAAAGUCAGAGAUUUAACCUGGAUCCAGAGUCUGCACCAUCCCCUCCUAGUGCCCAGCAAUUCAUGAUGCCAAGAAGCACAUCAAGAGGGAACUGUGAAGACCCAAAAGAGCCGCUGACAGUCAUACAGCUCACUAAACAAAUCCAGAACCUCAAGAAGAAGAUCAGGAAAUAUGAAGAUAAAUUUGAGCUUGAGAAAAACUAUCGUCCAUCUCACAGUGAUAAGACAUCUAAUCUUGAAGUUCUGAAAUGGAUGAAUGACUUGGCAAAGGCUCGUAAGCAACUCAAAGAGCUAAAACUGAAGUUAUCUGAAGGCCAAAAUGUGCCAAGAACCACACAAAAUCAGACCUAUGAAGAAAUGUCUGUGGCAUCCAAAGCAAUGGAGCAGCACGGAGCCACCAGCUCGCCAAUGUCCUCUGUAGAGGAAACAGUAGAGACUGUAUGGAAGAGGCUUAAAGAGAAGCGACAACUGCUUAAUAUUCCAGAAAACUUAAAGGAUAUGACAAAAAAGCAAAUGAAUCUGGAAAAAAUGAGUCUCCAGAAAUGCCUUCUGUAUUUUGAGAAUAUUCAUGGACGACCAGUCACAAAGCAAGAGAGGAGUCUUAUGAAACCAUUAUAUGACAGAUAUAGGAUUAUAAAGCAGCUGCUUUCUACUGCAACCCUGAUUCCAACAAUUCAUGAAGAAGAGGAUUCGGAAGAUGACAGUGCUCAGAACUCCUCCUGUGAAUUCACUCUGACAGCAGAUCCAGAACUGGCUGUAGAUGAGCAUCUGUUUUAUUGCAGUGAAGAUCCAGAACCUGCAUAUGUCUCUCCCCUGGAUGAAAAAUAUUCAGUUCGACAGUCGGCGGUGUCCAUGUCCAACCUUCAUGAAGCAUCAAUGUCUGAGCUUCUUGAUCAACUUCGAGAAACCAGAGCAGAUAAGAAAAGGUUAAGAAAAGCUUUAAGAGAGUUUGAAGAGCACUUUUUACGACAGACCGGAAGGAGCGCGCAGAAAGAAGACAGAAUACCAAUGGCUGAAGAGUACUGUGAAUACAAACAGAUAAAAGCUAAGCUUCGGCUGCUGGAGGUCCUGAUCAGUAAGCAAGAUGUAUCUAAAACGAUUUAGAAUCUGCGAACACACCACAAGCGGUAUUCUGAAGACAAAACUUUGCUGUAUUUCUGCACACUCAUGUAUGACACUGAAAUGCUCAUGCACUUUAAUAGUUAUACACUACCUGCUAGGGAUAACAGUAGCAUGGAAUUGAAAAGGGAUAAUUCAAGAUCUGUCCACAAAACACUUCUAAUAGUUGGAGCUUUAAAGGCCAAGGAGGUAAGAUCAGUGAUGUUGAGCCACCCAGGGCAACCAGUUAGCUUU